CCCGAACGCUCUCACAUUUCAAUUUUCAUCACUGCUAAACCCUAACUUCUGUUUCACGCACGUUAGAUCUCACUCACUCUACACAGUUUUUCCGUCCAGUUCGUCUCCGCACGGCUAUGGCAACCACUACCGAGCCCACGGCCUUGAAGAAAGAGGAAGAAGAAGAAGAAGAUGACUCGAAGCCAUCUGCUGAAGACGAGGACACAGGGGCCCCGAUUGCCCCGAUCGUCAAACUCCAGGAGGUCUCUGUUGCUACCGGCGAGGAAAAUGAGGAUAUUAUGCUUGAUUUGAAAGCGAAGUUGUAUAGAUUUGACAAAGAAGGUAGUCAAUGGAAGGAGAGGGGAGUUGGAACUGUCAAGUUAUUAAAGCACAAGAAGACCGGAAAAGUUAGGCUUGUUAUGAGGCAGAACAAGACUCUUAAGAUAUGUGCCAAUCAUCUCGUCCUACCUACAUUGACAAUGCAAGAGCAUCAAGGUAAUGACAAGUCCUGUGUGUGGCAUGCUGCUGAUUUUGCUGAUGGGGAGCUAAAGCAGGAGACUUUCUGUAUCCGUUUUCCAUCAGUUGAAAAUUGCAAAUCAUUCAAAGAUAUGAUUGAAGAAAUUACUGAAUUUCAAGCAAAGGUCAGUGGAGAUAGCGAAGAAGGUACUGCUGCUGCUGGUCUUCUUGAGAAGUUGAGUGUUGGAGGAAAUGACAAGGAAGAUAAAGAGUCGAAAGAGGCAUCUUCCGCUGCAGGAGAGAAAAAGGAGGACAACAAAGAGAAAAAAGAGGAUGACAUAGAGAAACCUGAGGCCAAGGAUUGUCGGUCGGUUGGUCUGUCUCGAGUGGUGUUUUUUGGAUAUCGAGUCGUGCAACAUGAUUCUAUUCGAGAACAAAAGUGCGGCAAUGGUGGUGGCUGUCGAAUGAGACAAGCACCGCACAUCAGCUGUGAGAUGGGGAAUCGAGCAUUUGCUCACCAACAACGUGACUCUUGUCAUGGUUCAUGUCAAGACCAAAAACUUGCAUCCUCUCGCCCAUUUUGGUCAUACUGA